CAGGCGGCGCCUUUCUUCUCUUCGCCAUUUUACAGCGGUUCAGAUCAGCAAACAAACAGCGCAAAAACCGCGGCGGAGCAGCAGCGAGAAAUCACGUUUGUGAUUCGUGUUUGCGGAGUAACAAUUUUUGUUUAGAGGGUUGAGGCCGGUUGAAAUGGGAGAUCCCAGCAUGCAUAGAGACUGCCCGUUGGACUGUAAGGUGUACGUGGGGAACCUGGGGAAUAAUGGGAAUAAAUCAGAGCUGGAGAGGGCGUUCGGAUACUACGGCCCCCUGCGCAGCGUGUGGGUGGCCAGGAACCCCCCUGGCUUUGCUUUCGUAGAGUUUGAGGACCCUCGCGAUGCUACAGACGCUGUCAGAGAGCUGGACGGCAGGAAUCUGUGCGGUUGCCGCGUGAGGGUCGAGCUGUCCAAUGGUGAGAAGCGAUCUCGUAACCGGGGCCCGCCCCCAUCCUGGAGCCGCCGGCCACGCGACGAUUAUCGCAGGCGCAGCCCGCCGCCCAGGCGCAGAUCCCCCCGCAGGAGGAGCUUCAGCCGCAGUCGCAGCAGAUCUCUCUCCAGAGACCGUAGAAGGGAGAGGUCUCUGUCGCGUGACAGGAACCAUAAACCAUCUCGAUCCUUUUCCAGAUCCAGAAGUCGUUCUAGAUCAAACGACAGGAAGUGAGCUUUAAGAAACACUGAUCGUUAUGGAAGGAUUGUGUAAAGACUGCGAUUCUUUGUCUUUUAACUCCAGCGUUAUGGACUCUUGAUGUCCCCCACAAUCGUCUUGCUUUAUAUAUUAUCCUAUUUUUUUGUUUUUCUUAUUUUAUAAAGCGAUUGGAUAUUUUAGAGCGGUUAUGUUCCCCUGCAGUCUGUGUGUGUGCGUCGUGUGUCGUGUGGUCGUCCUCCACUAUUCGCCGUAUUUCAUUUUUCAUAAAGCGUCAUUCCGUCUUGGAUCAUUUUUUAAACCCUUUUUUUGGGAUGGGCGGUAUUUCCUUGGUGGUGCAUGGAAUGUAAGGAGCUGUUUUUCCUCCCCCCUCAUGUCCGGUCUCUUCUUCGUACGUCAUGAGCUUAUUUCUCCCUAAAAGGAUGUGAAAUUAUUCUUUUUUUUGGUCUGAGAUAUCGCCUCUGUAUAAAUUGGACUUUGUGAAUUGGAGCUCGAGAUGUGACUGGGGUGUACAGCACUAUGAAGAACAGAUUUUUGAUGUUCCUACAUUGUUUGGCUCCUUUUGUUUAUUCCUCCCCAGUGUUUGUACCGUUUGUGAUGUUUCUCUGAAAUUAAAAUGGUUCCAGGAUGA